AUGAGAAGGAAGGAACAGACUGGAAAUGACCUCAAAGGUGGUUUUUUCUGUGCGAAAUCAAAAGGAAAAAGAAAGAGGGUGUCACUGUCUGUGCGAAGCGUCUUCAUCGGUUGCUUGGCGGUGUCGGAUCUGCUCAUGUCUCUAACAUCUUUACCAUGGACCGCUGUGACAAUAUUCACCCGUGAAUGGAUAUUUCCGAAGCCGAUCUGCAAGCUGAUAGGCGUUUUCCAGGGUGGCAGUAUCUUUGUGUCCAGCUUUACACUUACGAUAAUCGCUUUGGAUCGUUGUCUACUCAUCAUUAGACCCAAUAGAGAGUUUAUCGGCUACAAUCGAGCUAUAACCAUAGUGGUAGGAAUCUGGGUAUUGGGCUACUCAUUAGCUCUUCCUCUGGGCAUUUUUUCAAAAGCCGUCAGUUUCGACAAGAUUUGCGGAGUUUUCUGUGAGGAAAUUUGGUGA